AGCAGUCAUAAAAAAUACACAGAAGAAGACGAAGAGCUUGAAACGAAACAUUCUUUCGACUGUAUCAACUUCUGCAGCUCAACAUACGCAAAAUGACUUGUUUUAUGAAUUUCUUCACGUUUAUUUUCAAGGUAGUAACGUUGCCACUACAAUUAAUGGAAGUGGUUGGCAUAUAUGGCAUCUACAAGCGUUUCUUUCCAUUUCUAAUUUACAAGAUAUCUUUCACCUACAACAAGAAAAUGAACGACAAAAAGAAGGAUCUUUUCAGCAAUCUCUCAGAGUUCACCAAAGGCAAUGGCCCGCUUCGCAUUUUGGAGAUCGGUUGCGGAAGCGGGGCUAACUUUGAAUUCUACCCGUCUGGUUGCAAGGUGGUUUGCACCGACCCCAAUCCUCACUUCGAGAAGUAUCUACAAAAAAGUAUGGCUGUCAAUGAUCACCUAACAUUUGAAAGAUUUGUGGUCGCUUCCGGAGAGGACAUGGGGGCAGUGAAAGAUGACUCUGUGGACGUUGUCGUCUGCACGCUGGUGCUGUGUUCUGUCAACAACAUACCGCGAACAUUGCAGGAGGCGCAUCGCAUAUUGAGGCCUGGUGGUGCUCUGUACUUUUUAGAGCAUGUCGUGGCAGACCCAUCCUCUUGGACAUACUUCUUCCAGCACGUCCUUCAGCCGAUAUGGUACUACUUUGGGGAUGGAUGUGAAGUAGUCAGGGCGACAUGGAAACAUCUGGAGACUGCUGGGUUCUCUGAGCUCAAACUGAGGCACAUCGAGGCACCACUCAACUUCAUGAUCAAACCACAUAUUAUAGGCUAUGCUGUCAAGUAAAGUUUGACAACAAAAAAAUCAAAAAAGCACUUGCACAUCUGAGUUAUCUCGUUGCAAGUGUGUGGGGAAUAAUGUGAUGACAGUUUAAAGAAAAAAUAAACCCGCACAGUGCUCUUGCUUGUAUCACUUGUUCCUAUGCAGGCUUUAAUAUAAUACGUCAUAAGCAAGAGUGCGGGUUUCUCUUUUCUUUACAGUAAAGUUUGAUACAAAUCUCUGGUCUUAGGCCUAUCCCAGCAACUGUUUAAAAAUAAUUGUUGACACUUUUAUGUAUUCAGUGUAAUUUUCUAACCUAUAUUUUACCAGGUAAGUUGACUCAGAACACGUUAUUAUUUAACUUGGGGAAUAGCUAUUGGGGAUGAAUGAGCCAAUUGGAAGCUAGGUAUGAUUAGAUGGCCAUGACAGUCAGAUUGGGAAUUUAGCCAGGACACUGGGGUUAACAUCACUGCUCUUACAAUAAGUGCCAUGGGAGUCAGGACACCUGUUUAACGUCCCAUCCAAAAGACCGCACCCUACACAGGGCAAUGUCCGUAAUCACUGCCCUGGGAUAUUUUUAUUGACCAGAGGAUAGAGUGCCUCCUACUGGCCCUCCAACACAACUUCCAGCAGCAACUGGUCUCCCAUCCAGGGAAUGACCAGUCCAACCCUGCUUAGCUUCAGAGGAAAGCCAGCAGCAUACCACUGUGUUGUUUUGGGCACUUUUAGUUAUUCAAGAAAAGUACUUAAUACACACUCCCUGUAUAUGCCAUUUUAAGAGAUCACCUCUGUGUAACCAAAUGGGGCAACAAGCUGUUUUUUCUUUAGGGAGAGUGGAGGCUCAGAAUGCUAGGAGAAGAGGACCGCUGUCAUCUAGUGGAUAUAAACUCUAACCAAUAGGCCACCACCUGAUCAGAUAAACUCUGGGUCUGAGACCUGUUCCAUAGGGAUAAUCUCAAUUGGAUACUCAAGUCCUCCUCUCUACCUUCUCAAAAUCCAUUGGAUGAGAAAGCUAGAUGUCCCGCCACUCAAACAUUCUCCUCCAACAGGUUAUGAGGAGAGGGAGAAAGGAUGUGAGGAGUAUGCAAUUCUCCCAUAGUUUAGUUUGGCAUUUCCUCAAUUCCUCCUGGCAUUACAGUGCUUUCAUAAAGUAUUCACGCCCCUUGAUUUUUUCCCACAUUUUGUUGUGUUACAGUCUGAAUUUAAAAUGGAUUAACUUGAGAUUUUGUGCCACUGGCCUACACAUAAUACCCCAUAAUGUCAAAGUGGAAUUGUUUUUUGAAAUUUGUUCACAUUAAUUAAAAAUGAAAAGCUGAAAUAUCUUGAGUCAAUAAGUAGAAUAUAAAAGCAGACACUGAAUAUCCCUUUGAGCGUGGUGGAGUUAUGAAUAACACAGUUUCAUUUAAUUUGUCAUUUCUCCCAAUUGAUAAUUAGUAUCUCAUCACUGCAUCUCGAUUACGGACUCAGGAUAGGAAAAGGUCAAGAGCUGAAACACAACCAAACCAAGCCGCACUGCCCACUUAACCUGGAAACUAGCCACACCAUUGUGUCAGAGGAAAACACUGUACACCGUGUCAGCAUGCAUGCACCCAGCAUGCCACAGGAGUCUCUAGAGCGUAGUGGGACAAGGACAACCCUACCAGCCAAACUCUCCCCUAACCCGGACGACGCUGGGCCGAUUGCGCGCCACCCCAUGGGUCUCCCGGUCGCAGCUGGCUGCGACAGAGCCUGGACUCGUAGUGGUCUAAAGCCUAACUCCGUUGCCAGAGAGGAAGGAAACCACUCAGGGAUUUCACCAUGAGGCCAACAGUGACUUUAAAACAGUUAAGAGUUUUAUGGCUGUGAUGGAAGACUGAGGAUGGAUCAACAACAUUGUAGUUACUCCACAAUACUAACCUAAAUAACAGAUUGAAUACAGAAUACAAAUAUUCCAAAACAUGCAUCCUGUUUGGAAUAAGGCACUAAAGUAAAACUGUAGAAAAUGUGGCAAAGUAAAAUAACUUUGUCCUAAAUACAAAGCUUCACUUAAUAUUUUCAAGCAUGAUGGUGGCUGCAUCAUAUUAUGGGUAUCCUUGUCAUCGACAAGGACUAGGGAGUUCUUUAAGAUGAAAUAUAUAUACAAUAGAGUUAAGUACAGGCAAAAUGUUUGAGCUGGGCCACAACAUUAAUGCUUGUCUGCUUGCUCAGGACAAGUAGACAAGCAGACUAUAGAUUUUAGUUGUCCGAAUGGACAAUAUAAAACAAAUAGGCUCCUGAACAGAAUUGGAUUAAAGUGUCCUCCGGAUGUGUUGCUCACUGUCUUCCCAAUGUCUGGAGACUGCAUUGACAGGCACAAGUGGUCUUUCAACCAUGCAGUCGCGAGAUGCGUUUUCAAAUUUGUUGAUAAUUAUUGUUUGUGGUGAUUUUCCCAGUUAUAGCAAAUUUGGUAACACUUUACUUGACACCCUGUGUCAUAACAUGUUAUAACAUAACGUUGUCAUGUCAUAAUAGCUAGCAUAACCUGUCAUUACCCAUAUAUUUACACCUGUUGUAAUAUAAGAGUGUCAACCCACAUUUAUAAAAAAAAUAAUAAUAAUAAUCCUUGCCAAGAAGUUUUCUUUCGUUUUGAAAGUUUUUCUUAAAUCCUUUGUUGUAAUUAAUUAUUUACAGUCAUGUUUUUUUCAUCAUAUUUUAAAUAACUUUAUAACACUGUCAUGAAGCAUUAUGACCAUCCUGUGUCACUUUACUUGGACUAAGAAAAUACACUUUGACACUGUGAAGAAGCAUUAUGACCAUCAUAAUCAUAUAAGCCAGAUGGGCCUGUCACGUACAUGCCAUUAUAUCAGUCAAAAAGAGCGUGUCCUGUCCUGCUCCUGAAAUCUGCUCCUGCAUUCAACCCAGUCAUCUGCAACAGAGCAUUGGGGUAGGUGCAUGUCUGACAUCAAUGCGUGUGCAAUUACAAUGGUGAUAAUUGAAUAUGGUCAGUUUAAAAAAUACCUAUACAACAUAAACAUACAGUUGACACGUAGGCUUUGGGCAAUGGAAUGUUGUGCCUUGUGUGGUGGGUUUUGUGGGUUUUGACACUUAUGUACGUGUCAUAACCAGCCAUAAAAUAACUUCCAUGGUAGGAUUUGUGGGUUUUUACAUUGUUAUGUAGGGGUCAUAACCUGUGACAAAAUAACGCAAAAUAUGUCUCAACAGGUGUAAAUAUGUGUCAUGAGAGUGUUAUGACCUGUUAUGUCAGCUGUCAUCAAAUCAAAUUUGAUGUCACAUACGCCGAAUACAACAGGUAGACCUUACAGUGAAAUGCUUACUUACAAGCCCGACAAUGCAGUUUGAACAAAAUACCUAAAACAUAUAUAAUAAAAAGUAAGAGAUAAGAAUAACAAAUAAUUGAAGAGUAGCAGUAAAUAACUAUUGCGGGGCUAUAUAAUGUCAAUGUCAGUGUGUAGGGGCACCGGUGUCGAGGUAAUUGAGUUAAUAUGUAGGUAGAAGUAUUAAAGUGACUAUGCAUAGAUAAUAACCAAAAGUAGUAGCAGCAGCGUUCUGAGGGAGGGGGGGGGCAAUACAAAUAGUCUGGGUAGCCAUUUGAUUAGCUGUUCAGGAGUCUUAUGGCUUGGGGGUAGAAGCUAUUUAGGAGCCUCUUGGACCUAGACUUGGCGCUCCGGUACCGCUUGCCAUGUGGUUGUAGUCUUUGCCAAUUUUUAGGGCCUUCCUCUGACACCGCUUGGUAAAGAGGUCCUGGAUGGCAGGAAGCUUGGCCCCGGUGAUGUACUGGGCCUUACGCACUACCCUCUGUAGUGCCUUGCGGUAGGAGGCCGAGCAGUUGCCAUACCAGCCGGUGAUGCAACCGGUCAGGAUACUCUCGAUGUUGCAGCUGUAAAACCUUUUGAGGAUCUGAGGACCCAUGCACAACAUCUCUGCUUCUCACUAUCACGCAUUAGUUUCGCUUCCCCACCCGCCAUUUUUAAAAAGACCCGACGGUGCGCAUUGCCUUCUUGAAUUAUGCAGAAACGGGUUUAGGUCAUGUCAUUUAUUUUGUUGUAAAGAGGAGAAAGUGUGCUUUACAAUGGUAUUGACAUUACAGUUGAUCUGGAAGUAUUAUGUUUUGGGGGCGCUAAAAUAAGGUCAAUUGUACAGGCGAUGUACAAAAGUGAGUGAGUUUACGUUAGCUAGCUUGGAAGCUGACAGGCAAAAUGUGGCUAGCAGUAGUUUCUCUGCUAGCAUGAAAACAAGUGCAGAAAAUGCUGUACAAUAACAAAAUAUGACUAAAACAUUGAGAACUCUGUUGGGAAACAUUAGGAAACAAAUACUGUACUCAUAGUUCUUGCUUCCCAAACAGUGAAGGAUAAAACAGUUAGAAUAAUAAUGUUAGCUGAACUUGGUAGUUAAUUAACACUGCAAGCCUGCGCUAGCUAUGACAUCAUCAGUCGCUCUUAAAGGGACAGACUUUCUUAAAGGUGAAUAAAACAAAAAUUAAUAUAGAACGGUUGUCUCCAAUUAACAAACAUGUAAUUUACAUGUUGUUGUAUUGUACUGGAACUUAUGACAACAAACUAUACUUUUGGGGUUCAAUUAAGACAAAAGUUCUGAUACAAUUACAAGCAUACCCAUAACAUGAUCCAGCCAUCACUCAAUAAUGUGUUGUAUUGGAUUUGCCCCAAACAUAACACUUUGAAUUCAGGAAAAGUUAACUGCUUUGACACAUUUUUUUUGCAGUUUUACUUUACUGCCUUGUUGCAAACAGGAUGCAUGUUUUGGAAUAUUUUUUUAUUCUGUUCAGGCUUCCUUUUUACUCUGUCAAUUAGGUUAGUAUUGUGGAGUAACUGCAAUGUUGAUCCAUCCUCAGUUUUCUCCUAUCACAGCUAUUAAACUCUGUAACGGGUUUAAAAUCACCAUUGGCCUCAUGGUGAAAACUGUGAGCUGUUUCCUUUCUCUCCAACAGCUGAGUUAGGAUGGACGCCUGUAUCUUUGUGUUACUUGGUGUAUUGGUACACCAUCCAAAGUGUAAUUAAUAAUUCACCAUGCUCAAAGGGAUAUUCAAUGUCUGCUUUUUUUUUAUCCAUCUACCAUUAGGUAGGCCGUCAUUGUAAAUAAGAAUUUGUUCUUAACUGACUUGCAUUGUUAAAUAAAAUUAAAUAAAUGGGUGCCCUUAGCGAGGCAUUGGAAAACC